CUUUUGUACACAGUAUGUUAGUAGCGCUAGAGCUAUAUAAAGCUUGUUUUUGCAUCGGCUGAGACUCUAUAUCGGCUCGUUAGUUGCAAUUCUUAAGAUAUGGCGGAAUCUGGUUGUAACGUUGAAAAUGCUGUUCUUAAUUGUGGAGUUUGCGCCGAAGUGACGGCAAUUUCAAAAGCAGUAUCCGAAGGUUUUAGAAAUUUUCAAGCUAUUCUUGUUACAAGGGGUGUCACUGACUUUCCAAUUAUAACUAAUGCGUUAUACAGCAAUUUGGAAGAUUACAUUUCGCCAUGCGGACAGUGCAGACAAGUUAUGGCUGAGUUUAACACCGAAAUUAGAGUCUAUAUGACGAAUGGUAAGAGGGAAAUUAUGUGUAAACCUCUUAGAGAGCUUCUACCCCUCGGCAUUGGUUCUGAUCUACUUAGUAAAAAUAAAACAGGAUAA